AUGGACCUCUACCACUACCUGCCCAACGAGACGAGCGGAGGGCCGGGCAAGACGCGCUCCUUCACCUGCCCGCGCUACCGGCGCUUCCCCAUCGACCUUGUCACCCGCCGCCUCACCUACCGCGGGUUGAUGAUGUCGGCGCCAAAGCGGGUCUACUGGAAGAUGAUGGCGUGCUCCCUGCGAGGCCGUCCCCGUCCGGAUCUCGCACCCUCGGCCUCCUCGAUUUCGCUCGCGGACCUUCCCUCGCAGUCGCCGGGCCGCGACGCGGACCGUGAGAAGGAGAAGAAGAAGGGAAGCUACCGCCACCGCGCCCUCGCCGCCCUCUCGACCUCCGCACCCGACCUGCGCCGCCACUUUCCGGCGGCCGCCGCGCCACCGCCAUCCACGCCCCGUGGGACGGCAUCACCAUCACACCACCAAUCCAACGACGAACGCCCCGAUCUCUACGAGGUCGACCUCGAGGAGGACAUGAUCGAUGCGAGCCUGAGGGUCAAUGCGACGACGGCCUCGCAGGUGUUCGUGAGCGAGGUGUUCAAUCCGUUGGGACUCCUCGGGUUCACGCGGCUGCUGCUCGAGCACUCGGCGCGCGAGCUGGGCCACGCCCUCCGCCUCCUCAUCGACAGGAGGAACCACCCGCUCCUCAUCCACUGCACCUCGGGCAAGGACAGGACCGGGCUGGUGGUGGCGCUGGUGCUGAGCGUGUGCGGGGUGGCGCGUGAGACGAUCGUGGAGAACUACGCCGAGUCGGAGAUGUACCUGCGGUUCGUGAUGGGGGACAUCAUCAAGGAGAACCGGAGCAAGGGCCUCGGCGAACACUUUGACGGCACGCCGCGCGAGGUCAUGCGGGACACCCUCGCCUUCAUCGACCAGCGGUGGGGCUCCGUGCCGGCCUUCCUCAACUCGGCGUGCCUCUUCUCCUUCGUCGAGCAGGCCUACCUCCGCAAGCUCCUCGUCGAGGAGCCGCCCUCGACGAGGGGUUGA